AUGAAUGGCACUGACAUGGAGGAAAUACCGUUUCAGAAAGUCAAAACCAGGCGGAAGAGAAGUCACUGUCCGACGGGCGUCCCUUUGACCACCAUCGCGUGUGAGGACGAGUUCGACUGCAAGGAGCUCGAGUCCCUGUUCCAAAACUACAACCUGAAGCUGGAGCAGACGUCCGCUCUCAAAGCCCUGGCCGUGCUCAUCUUCAUGUCGUCGACACUGGCCUUAGUGGAGUUGCUGUCCGGCCCCAGCCUCACCAUCUCCAAGGGGUCCCAUCCGGUCCACUGUGUCAUCUUCGUCUCCCUGUUCAUCGUAACUAAUGUCAAGUACCUGCAAGUGACUCAGCUCCAACAGAUCGUCAACCUGGCAUUGCUUUUCGGCUUCACUUUCUCCUUUCUCUGCUGUCCCUUCUCGCUGGGCGCGAUGGGGAUGGAGCCCCCCACGUCCCCCGAGCAAGGCGUGUGGCAGCUCAUACUGGUCACCUUCGUCGCCUAUGCGCUCCUGCCUGUGCGGACACUGUUGGCGGUUGUGUUUGGAAUAAUGGUCUCCGUCUCCCAUUUGAUUGUGACUGCCACUUCUGUCACAGCGAAAACACAGAAACUAUGGAGGACGUUGGUUGCCAACACAGUGCUGUUCACCAGUGUCAACCUGUCAGGGCUGUUUGUGCGCAUCCUGACAGAGCGAGCCCAGAGGAAGGCCUUCCUGCAGGCACGCGGCUGCAUCGAAGAGAGGCUCCGCAUGGAGGAUGAGAACGAGAAGCAGGAGCGCCUGCUAAUGAGUCUGUUGCCCAGGAACGUAGCUAUGGAGAUGAAAGAGGAUUUCCUGAAGCCCCCAGAAAGGAUAUUUCACAAAAUCUACAUCCAGCGCCAUGACAAUGUCAGCAUCCUGUUUGCAGAUAUAGUGGGUUUCACCUGCCUGGCCUCUCAGUGCACAGCGCAGGAACUGGUUAAACUGCUAAAUGAGCUGUUUGGAAAAUUUGAUGAGCUCGCCACGGAGAACCACUGUCGCAGGAUUAAGAUCCUGGGGGAUUGCUACUACUGCGUGUCUGGACUGACCCAACCCAAGGCCGACCACGCCCACUGCUGCGUAGAGAUGGGUCUGGACAUGAUUGACACCAUAACGUCAGUCGCUGAGGCCACUGAAGUCAACCUCAACAUGCGCGUGGGCCUGCAUACAGGUCGGGUGCUUUGUGGAGUACUCGGGCUCAGAAAAUGGCAAUAUGAUGUUUGGUCCAAUGAUGUUACCCUAGCCAAUGUAAUGGAGGCGGGAGGACUACCUGGGAAAGUUCACAUAACCAAAUCUACGCUGGAGUGCCUAAAUGGAGAUUAUGAAGUGGAGCCUGGAAACGGUCACGAAAGGAAUGCCUUCCUCCAAAAACAUGAAAUUGAAACCUUCUUUAUAGUGCCAUCUCACCGACGGAAGAUAUUCCCAGGAUUGAUUCUUUCGGAUAUAAAGCCCGCCAAAAAGAUGAAGUUCAAAACUGUGUGCUACUUACUAGUGCAGCUUAUGCACUGCAGGAAGAUGUUCAAGGCUGAGAUUCCCUUCUCCAAUGUCAUGAACUGCGAGGACGGUGAUAAGCGGAGAGCAAUGCGAACGGCUCCACAGAAGCUGAGGAACCGUCCCAAUGCGAACCAGGCUACUGUGAUCCAGAGCAGUCCCAGAACCCGGGUCAACCGCUACAUCGGGCGACUGAUCGAGGCCCGCCAAACCGAGUCAGACACGGCGGAUCUCAACUCCCUCACACUCAUGUACAAGUCCCCUGAGCGAGAGACGAGGUACCACCAGGUUCCUGAUGAGUACUUCACCAGCGCUGUGGUUCUCUCCCUGAUCCUAGCUGCCUUGUUCGGCCUUGUCUAUCUCCUCAUCAUACCACAGGGCACAGUGGUUCUUGUCCUUCUCGUCUUCUGCAUCUGUUUCCUAGUAGCUUGUAUCAUGUACCUGCAUAUCACUAAAAUACAGUGUUUUCCAGGAUGCCUGACCAUCCAGAUUCGCACUGCUCUCUGUAUUUUCAUAGUUCUCUUAAUCUACGCUGUGGCCCAGGCAUGUGUGGUGGGCUGUAUGCCCUGGUUGUGGAUACGUGCCAACAACAACAGCUCCAUCAUCAUCGUUGAUUCUGACGUGGCCAACCACACGAUGGAGGAGCUGCCUUGUGAUGGUGCCCGCUACGCCUUUCUGUCCUGUGUAGUGGGCACACUCACCCUGGCACUUUUCCUGAGGGUUUUCUGGCUGCCAAAGAUGAUGCUAAUGCUCGUUCUGGGGGUGCUGUAUGUCACCGUGUUGGAGCUCAGCGAAUUUCGAAAGACUGAAGGUGGGGGGUCCUUCCACAUCCGGGGCUAUGAGCCCAUCCUGUCUCUGUUGCUCUUUGUCAGUGCCCUGGCCCUCCACUCCAGACAACUUGACCUCAAACUGCGCCUGGACUUUCUAUGGGCUGUGCAGGCGGAGGAGGAUAGAGAUGGCAUGGAGAAAGUCAAACUGGACAACAGGAGGAUCCUCUUCAAUCUUCUCCCCGCACACGUGGCUCAACACUUCCUGUUGUCGAACCCGAAGAAUAUGGAUCUUUACUAUCAGUCCUACGCACAAGUUGGUGUCCUGUUUGCCUCAAUCCCAAACUUCAACGAUUUCUACAUCGAGCUGGAUGGCAACAACAUGGGAGUGGAGUGCCUGAGAUUACUGAAUGAGAUCAUCGCUGACUUUGAUGAGCUCAUGGAUAAGGGGUGCUACAAAGACAUCGAGAAAAUCAAAACCAUUGGCAGCACUUACAUGGCGGCUGUAGGCCUCGUCCCACCCGUUUGUGACAAGGAGAAAAUAUCUGUUUACGACCAUCUGAGCACAAUAGCAGACUACGCCAUCGAGAUGUUUGACGUUUUGGAUGAAAUCAACUACCAGUCAUACAAUGAGUUUGUGUUGAGAGUGGGUAUCAAUGUGGGUCCAGUGGUUGCAGGGGUGAUUGGGGCGCGGCGACCUCAGUAUGACAUCUGGGGGAACACAGUCAAUGUGGCCAGCAGGAUGGAUAGCACUGGAGUACCGGGAAAAAUACAGGUGACUGAAGACGUGUUUCGCCUGCUAAACACCAACUAUGACCUGGUGUGCCGGGGAAAAGUGAGUGUCAAGGGGAAAGGUGAGAUGCUGACCUACUUCCUGGAAGGCAAGGUUCAGGGCGUGGGCACGGUGACCACCUCUUCAGUGGUGCGUUCUGCCAGCCUGGCGCGGCGGAUCCACUCCUGCGGAAAGACGAGCGUCCCGACCAAUCUGGUCAGUGUCUCCUCCGCUGCCAGCCUGACCGUGUACGCCAGCAUGAGCAGCACCAUACAGAUGAGCACGGCCAACAGCAGCAACAGCCAAGCGAUAUGCCUGCCCUCACCCUUUGUGCCCGCAGUGGGUGAGGUGGAUGAGGAGGACAUAGAGAUGACACAUAUUGAGAUAGAGGCUGUGGCAGCUGUUGCAGAUGUAGCAGUGUAGGAAGACACAAAUAUAAACACUGAAUACAGUAAUGAAAACCCUGGUGGAAGGCCUAAAGAAGACAGGGCUGUCCAGGUAUGUCCUUUAAAUCCUGAGCUACUGGCACAACCCAGAAUGUGCUCAUUCAGGAUAUGAACUUCCAAAUAAAUGAUAUGGUGAAAUGGACAAUCAUGCUCGAUUUAGGGGUUUUUAUCUGCUUCCUACUCAUGGAAGUCAAACAGAAAGACAUCCGUAUUCUCAAGUCCUCUUUCUAACAUCUCUAUAAUAACAGAUGAUUUGUGUUGUUCCUGGGAUUCACUCAGAUCCAGGUAUAAUGUGCAUCUUUGUUUUCUAAGUGGAGCAUAUUCCAUGUACAAGAGAUAUGUGCAUUGAUAUCCAGAAAAAGACUGAUCAUGCUAUUGCACUGUCUUUCUGAUUAUGCCAAGGAUACAUUGCAUUAUUUACAGUGUACAACGGUGUUGUUUCUUUUUGGUGUGUGUAAGCAUGCAUGUGUGUACUUAUGAGUGUGUGUAUGCAUGUGUGAUUUAUUCUGAAUUGUAACAAAACAGCACAAAGUACUUUUUUAUAUUGAGAGCUCACUGGACUAAAUAGGCUUUUUUGAGACAUAUUUACAGGUUAUACUGCAUGACUUUUUAAGAGCCGACAGCCAUAGUAAUGGUACUCCUGUCGAAAGAGAACCAAAGUAUUGAACUUUCUUUCAAUCUUUAGUUUUACUGCUCAUAUUGCAUCAACAUACAAGAGGGAGGAGGAAAUGUUGCAGCAGGUUGAACAAAUUGGCAUAUGUGACUAACAGGCGUUAUCAGUAGACUUAAGAAGUGUCUUUUUGAACCCCAUGGAUGAGGCGACUGAUGCUCAAUUCCCCUGAUUCCCGAUAGUUCAACACAAUAUGGCAAGACAUAUUGCACUGAGUUGUAUGUGUGCUUUGGAAACAAGUUACUGUAAAAACAUCACAAAGAGGACUUAAUGUAUGGUGCAUAUAUUAUGUAGAUAUCCAGGAAGACAUUCAUCCACACAGAGGAGAGCACAUACAUUGCUUAAGCACAUCCAAUAAGCACACUGCAUCAAGUGCACAACUUAGUCCUUUAGCUUUAGCCUCCAAACACUCCAUCUACAUUGACACAGUAUCUCUAGACCACAGAAACUUUGGUGCGGGGUCAGGUUACCAGCGUCUAUCAGGCACACAUUACCGUUCUACAGCUCUUUUUGUAAUUUUGUAACUACAUUUAGAGUUUUACUCUGAGAAAUAUCAGCUUUAGCAGCACGUCUCCCAGAUACUCCCGGUCUCAAAAACACGAUGCACUUCAAAUAGCUUUGUAGCCUGCAUCUUUAUCAGCGUUCAACUUUUACUUGAUCUGCGAGUGUAAAUACAUCCUGUUUCAAGUUGUUUGCCUUACUCAAUAAGCUUACAGUGAUUGCAACCUGCCUUUUUAGAUAUAUUCACUUUGAUAUGCAGAUUAUACUUUUUGUAAAUAGCUAAAAGCUGUAAACUAUGUUGUAUCUUGUACAGUGUAAAGUUGGGUGAUUGAAUAUUUUGUAAUAAAGACAAUAUUGGUGUA